AUGGUGGUGGAGAGCCUCUGCGCGGCCCUGGCGGCGGCUGGCCCUGGCGUGCUGCGGGAGCUGGCCCGCGGCGCGAUGGCGGAGGCGGCGCGGGUGGCUUUCGCGAGGCCUCAGGUGCAUCGCGACCGACGUCACGAGUGCUGGGUGAUCGAGACGCCCGAUGGCGACCGUUAUGUCGAGCGGAAGGCCGACUGGCGUUGGCACGCCUCCUUGCUGCAUGGGUGGCCCGAGGGCUUCCGCGGGGACGCGGUGCGGUUCCGCGGCGAGAUCGGGCGCGAGGCGUUGCGCCAGAUGGUGCUCGAGGGUCGUGAUUUGGCGCGCGGGGAGCGGCGCCGUCGUCGCCUGCCGGCCGCCCUGGGCAGACACCUCGGCGAGGAGCCUUCCAUGAUGGUGGACUGGCACGGCGACGAGUGCGGCCUGGACGGAGGUCUGCUGGAUGCUGCCCGACGCCGAGUGAGCGGCAAGCGCGGGCUGACGGACGCUCCGCGGGUUCCCGAGGCGCCGGGCGACGAGGCGGCCACGCGACCAGACUUGGGGGCGCCGGCGCUGGAGGACGCGGAGUCGGUGCUGCUGGUGGCGGAGUUGCAUGCUGGCGGCGGACUGGCUCUGGGCGACGAGGUGACCGCCCACGAGUCGGAUCUCGCGGUGGGGUCGAAGGUGAUCGGCCGGCGGCCCGAUGGUCGCCCUGUCCUGUGUGAGCGGGCGGCGAUAGGCGAGGUGGCGAGCUGGAGGGCCCAGGCGCUGGACAACGCAGGCGUGAGCGAUCCUUUCGACGUGGCGUCGCCCGAGCUCCGCAGCUCCGCGAUACGCGCGGCUCGAGACGAGGCGGAUCGCCUGGCGGCCUUGGGGCGCGGUCGGGUGCUGGCAGCUGGCGGCCGCGGCGCUGGUGGCUGCGAGGACGUGGCAGGCGCGCUGGAGGUAUACCCUCAGCCUGAGCUGCGGGAGCUGGAUGUCGAUGUCGCCGCGCCCCUUGGUCGACGCGAUCGGGCACGAGUGCGGCGGCUUGCGAACGACGGUCUGGCUAGCUCGAAUUGGUUGCACGGCGCUGAUCGUCGGCCUCCAGCGGGGCCGGUCAGCUGGGCCACGCGCUGCCGCGUGGCCGAGCUGCAGCACGAGACGCAGCGGCGAGCGCAGACUCUGGCGGCUAGCUGGGGCGCGCCCGCCUGCGCGGACGAUCCGCAGCAGCGCUUGUCACAGCUGCUGCGGGGCCGAGGUGGGUGCGCCCAGCUGGCCCAUGCGACGCUGACCCCCUUCUUCCACGCUCGGCUUUCAGUUCCUGAUGACCUGGCUGGCGCGCCGCGCGUCUCGGAGCUGCUGCCGACGGCGGCGCGGAUGAUGUCGAAGGGUUUCGAGAGCCACACGUGGGCCUGGCGCGGCUGUCGCGCGCGCAGAUGCCAGGCGGGGAUCUUCUUCGUCAAGAAGAAAGGUGGCCGACAGCGGCUGAUCCUGGACUGCCGCCCGGCGGGCCGCCUGUUCAGGAGCCCGCCCGGGGUCGACCUCGUCAGCGGUGACGGCCUCAGCCGCAUCGAGAGGUGGACGACGAGCGGCGCUGAUCGAGGCGAGGAGCCGGGGGGCGCUCUGGGCGGCCUGGGCACUUGGCUCGGCGUGAGCGACGUCAAGGACUGCUUCCAUCGGCUGCUGCUGGAUGAUGGGCCAGGCCUGCAGGAGUGCUUCGGCUACCCCUCCUUGCGGGCCGCCGAGCUGGGCUUGGCGCAUCUGGAGGGGGAGCCCCUGGCGCGCGACGCCCUGUCCCUGGGCCACUACACCUACGUGGACAACAUCGGGGUGCUCGGCGGAUCUGAGAGCCAGGUGCAGUCGGCACUGGGCGCAGCCACGUCCUCUUUCGGCGGCGUCGGUCUGGAGGUGCACGAGACGUCCCUGACGAACGCUGGCGGGGGGGCCUUGGGCGUGCAGCUGGAUGGCCAGAAUGGCCACACUCGCCCCGCUCCCUCCAGGUUCUGGCGCGUGCGAGGCGCCGUCCAAGCCCUGUUGCGGCGGCGUGCUGUGAGUGGCUUGGAGCUGGAGAUCGCGAGUUUGAGCUGCUUUCACUGCGUUUAUCGGUACAUCCAGCGGCACUACUUCGAGAGGGCGCCGCUGUGGGACAGCGUUGUCGGGGGGACGCGCGCUUUCCAGGGUCUGAUGAUCUUCCUGCGCGCCGACUGGGGCGCCCGCUGGAUGCCUGGGUUGUACCAGACCGACGCCUCCCUCGACGGCUUCGGGGUGGCCUAUUCGCUGUGGGGCCCGCGCGAGGUAGGCAGCGUUGGGCGCACCUGCGAGCGGGCGCGCUACCGCUUGGGAGCAGGCGCGGCAAGGCAGCACGCGGUGGAGGCAGCGGGCCUGGAGCUGCUGGCCGACGGCGGUAUCGCGGCGCCCGCGGAGCUGGAGCGCGCGAUCCCCGAGGCGGAGGUGGCGCGCUGGUGCCAGGACCCGACCUUCGAGGAGGUGCCCGCGGAGCUGCUGCAUGCUGAUCGUUGGCGGACGGUCUUGGCCGAUCGGUGGGCUCUCGAGGGGGGGGUCCUCCACCUCGAGGGCCGCGCGCUGAUCAAAGCCGUGGAGCGCGUGGCUGGCAUUCGCGCUGGCCACGACGGCCGAGCCCUUCUGCUGGGGGGCAACAUGGCAGUGGUCCUCGCCUUCUCGCGGUCGCGGGCGCGGGACUUCAAGCUGCUGACGAUGUUUCGGCGAGCUGCGGCGUGUUCAUUCAGCCGCUGGCUCAGGUUCAGUUACAGGUGGAUCCCUUCGGAGUUCAAUAGCAGCGACGAGGGGGCAGAUUGUUUGCGAAGGAGUACGAGCCAGAAAAGUGUGCGACUCACCUCUUCCCUCGAGGGGGUCGCCGCGGGCCCGGCGGAUGCCGCCACGGGGCCAGUCGGCGCGGGCGCGGGUGCCGACGCGGGACCUGGCCUCGCCGCGGGGCGCAGCAGCCCCCAGGCGCACCGAGCAGGCAAGCCGCAGCCCUCGUCGGGCUCGGACGCUGCGCCGCUCGGGGCGGCGCCGCCGCCGGCGAAGCUGGAGCAGGCGGUCGAGACGCCCUGGGGCCAGGAGGCGGCGCGGCUAUUCGGCAGCGCCAGGGCCGCGGGCGCGACCGCCGCUGGCGCCGAGGACGACAGCGAGAGCAGCUGCGAGGAGGAGCUGCCAGGGCGAGGCCGCCCCAGAGCAGAUGCCAGGCGAGCCUCCGCCCGGGUGCGACGCAUGGCGCGCGAGGAGCUGCCACCAGGCCAGACCUACUUGGAGGCCCACAGCGUAACAGCGGCUACGCGAGGGCGGUACCAGAUGCACGUGAACGAGCUGAUGUUCGCCGACCAGCAGGGCGCGCCGCUCGUCGCGGAUGCCGAGGUCGACGACUGCAUCGCGAGGUGGAUGAACGCGGAGUUCAGCGCGGGCCGGCGCGCCUGGCGCGGCGAGAGCACGCUGGCGGCCGUGAUGUUCACCUUCCCGAGCUUCAGCCGCCAUGGCGAUCGGAAGCUCCCCAGGGCUUUUCGGUGCCUUCGCGGCUGGCGGCAGCUGAGUCCGCCGAUGAGUCGGAAGCCCCUGCCCUGGCCCAUGUGGGCGGCGCUGGCCUUGCAGCUUGCCCGGCACGGGCGUGGCCUUGCAGGCAUCGCGGUGCUGGUGAUGGUGGAGGCGUACUUGCGGCCCUCGGAGCUGCUGUCACUGCGACGCCGCAGCCUGCUGCCACCAGCCAAGGGUGGGCUCACCCGCUGGGGCCUCCUGCUCUUCCCGAGCAGCCGCGGCCUGCAGCGCAGCAAGACAGGCGUGGCGGACGGCGCGGCGGUGAUGGACUCGAGCCGCACCCCCUGGCUGAGCUACGUGUUCUAUCGGCUCGCCAGGGGGCCCGAGGAGGAGCGCGUGUCCCCGUGGGACUACAGUCAGUUCUACCAGAUGUUCGUGCAGGCAGCGGCGGCCCCGGGCUUCAGAAUGGUGCCCUACCAGGGCCGCCACAGCGGGAUCUCGAUCGACAGGGCUCAUCGAGAACUGACCUUAGACGCAUGUAUGAAGAGGGGCCGCUGGCGAGCGGCCAAGAGCGUGGCCAGGCACGAGAAGGCGGGCAGGCUGAACGACGCUUGGAGGGAGCUCAGCGACGUGCAGCAGGCCCGCGCCCUCGUCUGCGAGCGCCUGCUCGAGGAGUGCCUCGCGCGUGGGCGCCAGCUGCCGGGGCCGCCGAUUCGCCCAUGA